ACAAACGCGCUCUCAGCAUGGCUCUGACUCUCACAUCGUCACUUCCGAGCGGAAGUAGUCAGAAGCGCCGCGAAAAGUUUCUUGUGUUGUGGUGAACAAGGACGUGUAGCAGUGAGCAGCCGGUCGCACUUGUUAAUAACCCUACAAUCCUUUCCGCUUUGCGCUCGAUUUUUGAACGAUCCGAGACCCAAACUCGGAAGACGGAGACGCAAUAUUUAAAUUAUAAGUAACAUUGUGUCGGAGAACGUCGGAUAGACGACCACAGCAGACCACAGCGCUAGUAUAAAGGGGGUGAAUUAGCCAGUAUGCUAAUCAGUGAUUUGUCAUUACGUCACUGAGACCCCUGGACCCGCUGAUACCCUGACCUGCUCCUCUGAAAGCCCCCUAUCCCGACAUGGACGACAUCAAGGAGAACCUCAACGGUCUGAACCUCAAUGGGUCGAUGACCAACCCAGCCGGUGGAGAGGAUAAGCCGGAGUCCUGUAGGAAGACGAGCACCUCAGAGGACCCUGAGAGCCCCGGGACCACCGGGACCCCCCUCCAGGCCCCCAGCGACUUCAGCGACCCGGUCUACAAGGAGAUCGCCCUGGCCAACGGCCACAUCAACAGGAUGACCAAGGAUGAGCUGCGGGACAAACUCUCAGAGCUGAAGCUGGACACACGAGGCGUGAAGGACGUGAUGAAGAAGCGGCUGAAGAGCCACUACAAGAAGCAGAAGCUGAUGGCGUCGGUGGCGGACGGCGGCCCCACGGACACCUGCUACGACUACAUCUGCGUGGUGGACUACGAGGCCACCUGCGAGGAGGACAACCCGCCCGAGUUCCAGCACGAGAUCAUCGAGUUCCCCAUGGUGCUGAUCAACACGCACACCCUGGAGAUCGAGGACACGUUCCAGGAAUACGUGAGGCCGGAGGUGAACUCUGAGCUGUCGGACUUCUGUGUGCAGUUAACAGGAAUCACGCAGAAAAUGGUGGACGAGGCCGACACCUUCCCCGCGGUCCUGCAGAGAGUCGUGCUCUGGCUUCAGGAGAGGGAGCUGGGGACCAAGCACAAAUACGCCAUGCUGACCGACGGCUCCUGGGACAUGAGCAAGUUCCUGAACAUCCAGUGUCGCGUGAGCCGGAUCAGGUAUCCGCCGUUCGCCAAGAAGUGGAUCAACAUCAGGAAGUCCUACGGCAACUUCUACAAGGUGCCGCGCACGCAGACCAAGCUGAGCACCAUGCUGGAGAAGCUGGGCAUGCGUUACGAGGGCCGCCCCCACUCGGGCCUCGACGACUCGCGCAACAUCGCCCGCAUCGCCGUGCGCAUGCUCAAGGACGGCUGCCAGCUCCGCGUCAACGAGCGCAUGCACGCCGGACAGCUGCUGUCGGUGCCUAACUCCGCCCCCAUGGAGGGGGCCCCGCCCCCGCUUAACCCCCGCACCCGGGAAUGACCCGACGGGUUGAAGAACGGACAACCGGGAGAAGGGGGGGUGGCGGCGGUGCUUUAAGAGCUCGUCGCAGGGAGGGGCGACAACCCCAGACACUGCCACAAAUCCAUUUCCGAAGUCUACGAACUUCGGAAAGGAAUUGAAACGUCCGAAGCACUUUUACGAUGGUUGUGACACGGUCGAUACACCGCUUAGACCUGCGGGUCGUCGGCGUUGUUAUCGGAGGCACAGCGACGCCAUUUUUUGCUGCUGUUUCUCCCACUCUGCUAAGGUUCAUCGCCGCCCGUGUUCAGGGCCGCCACAGUGCCAUAACUCCCACAGUCGCUAUGGAAACGUGAUUAGGUUUCUGUUCAUCUGCUUGUUUUUCUCUCCCUUAACAUGUAAUCCUGGCAGAGUUAAUCCACAUUUUUAUUUAUGGUCGUCAAUCCAUUUGAUUUGGCGUACUAUCAUUUAAGAAGAAGUCAAGAUUCAGUAGGUUGUGAUUUCAUGUUUGUCCCAACAGUUGAUCUUGGUCUUUUCCGUGUGAAAUCUGACUUGGGCUUUGCGUGCUUUGAGAGGUGUGCUAGUUUUUUAAGGACACUGAAUGAGUUUUUAAGCGGUCACAACCUGGUUUGUUUAUACAGAAAUAAAUGGGACUCCAAACAGCCAUUGUCCGUUUUAUUUCCCUCCUCUGAAUGUACUGAAUAUUUCUGUUUCAUUGUUUUUCAGUUUCACUGCAUGUGUUUAGAUGUUGUUGAAGACAAUAGGUCUUGAAUUGCAAUGUGUUUAAGCCAGUGGGCCCAACGUUUAUUUUGUCGACACAAACUGAACUGAAAAAAGUGUUGUCUUAGUGUAGACUGGAACGUUGAUAUGAAAUGGCCAGGUGGAAAUUCAUCCCAGCAUGUUCGAAUGUCUGUCAUUUUGUUAUGCCACAAAUCCAAAAACACUGAGAUGCAGCAUAGUUUUAUUUAAUGGAAAUUGUUAAUUUAAUAGAGCCAUUACAGGAAUGAUCUGCAUAAUCUCUUUGGUCCAUGCAACAUUUUUGUUGAGUUUAUUAAAAACAACGUGAUGGAA